AUGGGUUGUUGUUUAACUAAAUAAACUAAACAUAAAAAGUAUGCCAAUGCAGGUUGUGAUGAACAUCCAAUUUAAUAACCUGAAGAAUCGAAUUAUUUUGAGGUUUGUCAUGAGGCUGUUGUUCCCAAGGAGGCAAAACCAGAAAAAUAAGAAAAAUAAGAAAAAUAGGAAUAAGAAAAAUAGAUCACUUGGACAGAAGGAGAAAUGAUAGGCCAAGGAGCUUUUGGUAGAGUUGUCUUGGGAAUGAAUAGGGUGAGUGGGUAAAUUAUGGCUGUCAAACAAGUGUUUAUCAAGAAUGGCGAUGAGAAUGUAAAAUUCAAAUGUUUAUCUUAGAAAGUAUAAUCUAUCUAAAGAGAAAUUGAAAUUCUGAGUAAGUUACAGCAUCCUCACAUAGUGCGUUAUUAUGGUUCAGAAACAAAAAAUGACUAAUUAAAUAUUUUCUUAGAGUAUGUCAGUGGUGGUUCCGUUCUCACUAUGAUCAAAAGAUUUGGCAAAUUCAAGGAGUCUUUAAUUAGAGUUUAUUUGAAAUAGAUUCUAUUAGGAUUACACUACCUACACUCGAAAGGAGUAAUUCACAGAGACAUCAAAGGAGCCAACAUCUUAAUCAAUUAAAAUGGAUAAGUGAAAUUAGCAGGUAGAUUAUUAAACUUUGUUCCAUAGAUUUUGGAAGUGGCAAAUAAUUAUCUGAAAUCAAACAUGAUAUUGUUGGUUCCUUAUGCGGCACUCCAAAUUAUAUGGCUCCAGAGGUCAUCAAUUAGUAACACUAUGGAAAGUAUCAUCAAUAUAUUAAGUGUAAAAUAGGAAGGCCGAUAUUUGGAGUCUGGGUUGCACAAUGAUUGAAAUGGCUACUGGACAUCCUCCAUUCUCAGAAGUCAAGAAUAUCUAUACCGUCAUGGUUAAAAUAAGCAAGUUAACUGACACCUUUCCUAUUCCUGAAGAAUUGAAAUCUGAGUAGGCUAGAGACUUUCUUAAAAGAUNUAAUGAACUCAUGAUCUAGUAUUCUGGUAUUUUUAUAUGCUUCAGUAAAAGUUUUGAUAAGCUCAGGGUCUCCACUCCUGGAAAUUUUGACUGCUACUUAUUCUCCAGUUUCGACUUUGAUGGCUUUUCUCACUAAUCCAUGUGCACCUUCUCCAAUCAUAUUGCCUAGUUGA